AUGAAUUCCCGCGAAACGUCGGAUUUGCCUCAGACGCCCUCGUACCCUGCGAACUCUGCGCAAGUCAACCAAAAUGCCAUAUACUUCGCCAAUCGUCAGCUUACUGCCGAUGAAAUAUUGACAGCAGAAUUAUCGCGCGAUGCUGCUGGUAACAAUCUUGGGGAUGGUUCGACUAAUGAUCAACAACAUAACAAUGCCUUUGCUUUCCCUCCCAAUCAGCAAGUCGGCGUCGAUCCGAAUCACGACCUGAGCUAUGGCGAUCAAAGUGCCCGUCGCAAACGAUCCAAGGUCUCCCGGGCUUGCGAUGAAUGUAGGCGCAAGAAAGUCCGCUGCGAUGCCACUUCAGAGUCCGGUGUUGAAACAUGCUCGAAUUGUCGUCGUCUUGGUGUCGCUUGCCAGUUCAGUCGCGUGCCUAUGAAGAGAGGACCUAGCAAAGGUUAUAUCAAGGAAUUAGCCGAGCGAUUGAACACUCUGGAGUCCCAAAUGCAACCGCCAAUGCCGCAGCAAGAUAUGCAGUAUCAGGGUAUGAGCGAGAUAUCGCCUCCGCGUGGAUACCACGAGUUUUCUCCUCCGAUUGAUGGGAACUUGCUGGGCCGUAAACGGACCUUUUCUAUGAGCGAAGGUAUUCACGGGCUGCCUUUGACUCAGCCUACAUUCACGCCUCGUGGCCAGGCGACAGUUGGUGAAACUGCCGUCAAUCUACCAGAGAGCUAUCCUCUGUUUGGCAUGCACCAACCACAACCCAAGCUGUCAGCGCCAUAUUGGAGUGAUGGACUUGAUCGCGACCACGAUCUGACGCUGCCUGUUGAGUCGGUCGUUGGAAUUCUGUCUCAGCCUGCCAACGACGACACGAAGCCUUUUGUAGUCGACGAAGGUGCAUUGAAAGCGUACUACGAAAAGAUUCACCCCAUACUGCCAAUACUUCCAAGCUCGAAAGAGCGAUUACACGCUAUUCUACAUAAAUGCAGUCGGACGUUACAGGAGGUCUUUUCCCACGCACUCUAUGCAGUAACCCAUACAAACACCGAUCGUGUGCGAGGCACUUUCACCGACGUCGGCUCUCUUGAAAGCGCUCUUGAUUUGGUUUCUGCACAUCUUCGUGAUCCGUACAAUUUGCGGAUAUUGCCCGUCAAUCUCGUCUGGAUUCAAACCUUGUCCUUCCUAGUCAUUGACUGCGACAAGCGUGGGCCUGAAAAUCUGCACGGACGAAACGGAAUACCAAAGCAGACUUUGGCUGAUCAUCUGAUGUCGUUGGCUUAUAGAGUUGCCAAGCAGUUCGACCAAAACCGUGAUCUAUUCCCGGAUUUCCAGGAUAUAGACUCCGAUGCCAAUGUCGCCCGCCGUGAUUGGUUUUCUGCAAGUAUUCUUUGUCGAUGGCAUCUCGUUGGUAUGGGCGAACGUGAUUUCGUGGAGGAUGAUUUUCAAGACAUCAAUCUACCUUCGGACUAUUCAUUUAUGGGCCCUGCCGCUGUGCAACUUACCUCAUAUUCAAGUGAACUGUCCGCGGCUCUGCGCAUCAUCGAGAUCGAUCACGACUCACUAUCGCUCAAUUCCAAAUUCAAAAAAGCAUCUCGCUCUUUACUAUUCCACCUCCUCAAAGUUGUGCUGGGCCACGAACAACGUCUUGCUAACACCGACGCUACACUUCUUCCAGCCGGUUAUAUCGAAGCUCUCGGACCACAAGUCUACUGGACAGUCAACCUCUACAUCACGCGCUUCCUUUACGUCUUCGCGCCUUACGAAGUCAUCCACUCAGCCGAAGCACUUGUGAAAGAAAUGCACAAAGACGUCCUUACGACUCGCAUCCUUUCGCCGAUUGACAUCUACUCCCUGUCCUUGGCCGUGAUUACGCUCCUAGAAGCAUCAAAACUGCCCCACUGCGCCGAAUUUUGCUGGAAAAUCCUCGGAGACGUCGAGCAGAUUCUAGACCGCCGGGCCCAAGCUACUGCUAACGCAGGCGAGUUUGAGGAUAUAUUCAGCACGCCUCAAUGGGAUCAGCAGCUUCGUGCUUGGAUUGCAGCUGAGAAAUCCGGUCAUUCUCUGAACAAGGAAAAUACAAGCACGGAAGAAACCGAAAACCAGUCCUCUACGAAUAACAUCAACCCCGUUACUAACAAUGCCAACAAUAACACCGUAUCGUCAUCGCAACCACCUCUCGGACUAAACGAGCAACGAUCCCUACAACAUCUAGCCGACCUCGCCGUCGGCGCAGAAGGCACAGCCACAAAUGAAGACGGCAGCGCGCCUCCUGCUCCGUCAACAUCUGCAUCCGGAUCAGCUGCCGCUGCCGCUGCCACUGGCACCGCGAACAAUAACGCAAUGGACAUCUCCAAUGAGGCUGGAUCAGGAACUGGACCUGGAAACGGCACCGCUCAACAGGGACAAACAGCAGCACCAACGACGACUGGAUUAGGUGGUGCGGUCAUGGUCGAUUUUGGCUCUGCGCUGAGGAGAGGGUUUAUGAAUAUUCUAAUGGCUGGGGAGUCUGCGACGGCGAAUUCUCAAAAUCCUCCUUCCAACAGUCGUCGCGACAGAAUUCUUCAGAAGAAGGCGAGAAUCCAACAACUGCUCGACCAACUACGUGCUGGACGCUCAGCAGACCCUUAUUUCGCGUACUACGAGCAACAAUUAGGCGAUAUGGCGUCUACGCGGUCUGGUCAUCGUGAAGGCCUUCGCCAGGCACCUAAGAUUAAUCAACCUUUCGUUCCAGACACGGCCCCAGUACGCCAGACACGUUCGGUCACCCAGCCAGCUACCUCAAAUCAAGAGACUCCAUUGUCGUAUACACCAAGCUUUCAGGCAACGGGUGCAGAAGGACCGAAUACAGUCGAGAGCGGCGAGACCCGCAUCGAUUCUCCUUUUGGCGAAGAGACUUUGCUUGUCUCAACCAGAGAUGUUUCCACGCCUGGCAACAGGCCUGAACAAUUCAGAAGACAAGGAAAAGAGGCCAAACAGUUCGACUAUCACGACCCGUAUUACCCACUGCAGUUCUUGGAAAUUGACAGAAGUCACGAUAUUUACCGCCGCGUUCUAAUGGGAUUAAUGUGUCCCGACCCUCAAGAGCAGGACUUCGCGUUAUUUCAUCUCAUCCAGAUAUCCAACACACGCGGUGACAAAUUUAGAUUUGAAGGGUUCCCCAUGUUAGCGGAACACUUAAUGUACAUCGCUAUCGGGGUUACCGAACUCUUGACUGGCGUACAGUGGGAAUGCGAGCACAAUCCAAAGUUAUUCCCUCUAAAAAAGCAUCGCAUGAACGUCCUGAACUCUUUCUAUGGAACGAAUGACAUCCUCCUACGCAUCGAGAAGCUUCCCAUCACUUUACCAGAUGAUACUCUUGAAGAUGAAGACUUCAGCAGUCGCCUUCGCCGGUGCAAGGAAGCCACUUUAGUCUUGCGCAACAUGUGCCUUCUCCCCGUGAAUGCCUACUACAUCUCAUGGGCCUGCAAGGGACUUAUACGGGACUUUAUCUGCAUUAUGACCAACCUUCCAAAACAGCCUCGCUUCAACGAGCUGAAGAACGAUGCUCUUGAUAUUGCUGAAGAGGUGACUAAGUACAUGCAUACUGCACGGUACGACCCAUUAUGCAUAUCUCUCUUCGAAUGUACAACCUCGCGUGACCGCGCUCACAUUAUCCGCGCUCUUUGGGCAAUCAUCCACUUCUCGUCUGAGAUCCCCGAUGCUAAGAAUCAGGCCAUGGUAGCCGUACCGCAUCACCUUGUUGCCAACCUUGCGACAUACCUACUGAUGGAACCGGACCCGGAAUUGCUCAGUAUUAUUAUGGACUUUUUCUACCAGUACACGCUUGAGCCGUCCAGUGCCCGGUAUCUUCCUUAUGUGGUGAAUAUUACGGUCAAUUUGAUCCCGAGAUUGGUCAACCUACUUUCCUACGACGCGGUUGAUGUAAUAGAAGAGGUGGAGGUACUGCCAGAGCAGAUCGCACCGGCUUCUACCACAAUUCCAAAGGUGCCACAAGAGCUUUCCAGACAGUUGAUGGCUUUGGCCGAACCAGAACGUAGCUCUCAAUGGCUUCGCUGCUGCUUCGCUGAGGAUCCUGAAUGCGAGAUCACCCAGAUUGCCCUGUGGCAGGCAUACCAGAUGCGUUUCGGAUCCCAUCCUAAUGCAUUGGCAGCUGCCGAGUUCAUCAAAAACGUGAGCGCCACAUUCACAAAUGCUCAAGCCCAAGUUGUUCCAUCUACAGGACCUAAUGGGCAGACUUCGACAAGGUUCAUCAUCAGAGGUAUUCGACCUUUGGAAACUGCCUUGACAUUUGACGGGUGKCCCUAUCUCUUUUGCGAAUGGAAAGUGGGUGAUCAACCUUGUGAUCGCGCGUUCGCUGACCCACAGGAGCUUCGCAACCACGUUUUCAUAGAGCACACUGAUGGGGAAGCGGUAGAGCAGCCUGAUCGGUACAACUUCGACAAAGCUAAGCAGUCGCCAAAAGCGUGCCUCUGGGACGGUUGCUCUAAGUACAAGACUCCCAACACCGAUGUCAUGAAGGUUAUAAGACACAUUAGCAGCCAUUUACCUCAGCCGCGUGAACCUAGUGCGCAACCUCCUAUUCCCCAACGUAAGGUCCUCCAGCCGCGCGUUUAUCGUUCUCAAAAGUUCCGCAACACUCCUAUCAACGAACUCAGAGAACCGGUUGGAGUCGCAUACAAGGCCGCAUUGAUUCUGCGUAACUUGACCGAGCAUUUACCAGAAUCUGUUUACGUCUUAGGCCAGAGCGCCCCGGAAGUGCCCAAAGACAAGCUAUUUCUCGCCCGAUUCCAGACUCUUAUCCAAAAAUGCUGUGAAAAUCGCAGUCUGAGUGUGAUCUUGAAUCAAAUCAUCUUCAUCAUUAACACUAUCCCAUCGUCGAAGGAUCAACGUGAAUAG